AUGAACAUGACAGCCCAUCCCUCCUCCAUCUAUGGCAGGAUGGAUCUGCACAAUUCCUUUCAAACUCCUGGUCAAAGCAUUGCGAUGCACAUGUUAGCUCACACUCUCGAGGCCCAGGGAACCUUCUCUUGGACUUUGCCAGGAGAAGUGUCUCCCUCCCCUUUGACUCUUGAGCAGCCUUGCGAAUGGGUAUUUGAACUCGGAGACAAUAUUCCUCAGACGGCCAAACAUAUGAAGCUUUGCAUCGAGGAAGCUUCCAAUGAGUCAGGUCUUGACAAGGAACAUAUCAGAGCUGCUGAAAAGUUCUCAAAGCUGCACAAACAGCAAUAUGAUACCAUCCUUUUCAUUAAAAUGCAGAGCAUCGAGAAGCUGCUUCAAAGCCGCGCACAGGCCCAGAGCCCCGAUAUCGCAGAUAAACUCUACUAG